AUAGAAUAUUAUGAUCUAAAGUCAUGUACUUAAGUAUUAUCAUGAACUUAUAUAUAUUAUAUUUAUCUUAAUUUAUGGUAUUAUGCGCUAGUGCUUCACAAUUCACAUUAUAGGGACCUACACAGAUCGUGGGGAUAUAGGGCCAUCCCUAGAAUGCACAGAUAGGUAUCUUUACUAAUUACUAGAAAGAGAUAUCUUUAGACUUUGGUUUAUAUAAAUGAUCAUAAAAUUAAUGGACUAAUGAACUAUUGCAAUCUUAUACCCAUAUGGAAACGACAGACAAGACCACAAGUAGAGCACUAUAACACAGAAUAAAAUAUAGUGCCUUACCAAAAAUCAUUGGAUAAUAAGUUAUGGCGCAUAAAAGAGCGGGAGUUUUACCGAUAACUAUACAAAAGAUACGGAUUAAACCAAUUAGUUUUAUUUAUAUUAUGUAUUCAAGAAUGGUAAAUUAAUGUUCAUUCGACAUUCCGAGUUUUUGACUCAUUAAUGUUAUCGGCUUUGAGAACAGUGUUUAAAAUCCAAUUAUUAUUGUCUGUGGAGAAUCGUUCAUUACAACUAGUUAUUUUUAAUUACUAGUAUGAUUAUGUAGCAACUUCAAGAACAUCUUUAUUGAUUGUUGCUACUUGUAGAUGUUCAAUAACAUUACUACCAAAAUAUCGAAUAACCGUAUUUAAUUUUGUUCAUUGGUUCGUGGUUUUAAUUAGUACAUGAUUCAUUUUACACCAGUGGAACUAUGGACACGAUUGAUAUGCUCAAUUAUUUGGAGAAAAGAAAACUUGGCUAUGCCGGAUUUCAAAGCAAAUUGAGUGACAUGCUUAUUGAACAAAUGGGUUAUAUACCUGAAACAAAUGAUAACACACACAAUACAGAUACUAAUGUUGGGAAUACUUUUGCUUGUAAGUUCAGUAGGAAUAAAAACAAUUUACACAUAGUUGGUGUUUCAACUGAACACGGAGAAAUAAUUGUUCAAAAUACUGUAGGUCAUUACAAUGACCAAAACAAACAGUUUAAGAGAAAUGCUAUACAUGACAAUGCUAUUUUUAACUUUGCAUGGGCUGAGCCACAAAUGAAAUUAAUAACGGCCUGUGGAGAUCAAUCCUCAAAAUUAUGUAAUUUAAGCCCCUCAGGGGUACUCGAUGACGAAAGAGAAUUUAUUCAUAAUUCUUCUGUUAAAAGUGUAAUGUUUUGCCCUGGAUCUUCAGAUGUAUUUUGUGGUGGAUGUCAAGAUGGUUCAAUAAAAGUUUGGGAUGCACGUUUAAAUAAUUCUCAAAGAGUUUUGGAGUUUGAGCAUAAUAUACCUAAUACACACGGUAUUUAUAGAUCAAUGUUAAGAAAAAAGCAAUCAAAAAAAAUGUUUGGAAUAUCUACUGUGAUAUUUAAAAAUGAUCAAACGGUUAUAUCUUGUUCUUCCAUGGAUCAUGAUAUCAAAUUAUGGGAUUUACGUAGAAGUUACCGCCAAGUAAAUGGUAGUACAGAACCUCUGCCAGUCAUGAAGUAUUUUAAUAAAGUUAAAGUUUCAUCACUCUGUAAUGGUUAUACAGAUAUAAUAACAAAUCCCCAAUCUACCUUAAUGUAUGCGAGUUGCAUAAAUAACGUUAUUUACUGUUAUUCACUGGAUUCUACAGAAACACAGCCAAUAUGCGAAUACUCUGGUCAUUCACAUGAAACUCCGUACUCCAAAAUUAGUAUUAGUCAUGAUGGCCGUUAUCUGUUUACUGGUUGUAUGCGAAAUAUGGGCAUAAUAUGGUUGACAGAUUUUCCAUAUAAUAAAAAUCCAAUGUUUGAAAUAAAACAUAAGUAUAAUCAGAUAAAUUAUCCAAAUGAAUUAAGUACUUCAGACUGGUGUGCAGAUCCUACAAGUCUUAAAUUGGCAACAAGUAGUGAUUCAAUGCCAAAGUUAUGGUCAAUACUUACUCGUGAACAAAAAAAAUCUGAAGAAUAUUCAAUUUGCCGAACUGCAUUGUAUAAAUCAAAAUCUUCAACAAAAAUAUGUACUGUUCCAAUCAAAAUUGAAGCUGAACUCUUAGAAAAAUAUAAAAAAGAAACAAAAGAAGCCAUAGAAAAUUUGGAUCUCCAAAAUCAAAACUUUGUUCCAAAUGCUGAAAAUUUAAAUGUGAUUCCUAAAAAACCAUGGGAAGUUUUAUUUUGUUCAAAGACAACAUCUCCAUUGUCCACUCAGAUGUCACCCGAGUCAGAAAAAACAUCCACACAUUCUGCGGUUGUGAUUCCUAAUCAGAUCCCAGAAGUAGUUACACCUACUUCAAGUAAAAAACGAAAAAAAAGUAUUGUAUCCCCUAAAAGUUUAAUCGACCAAUACUUGGUGCCUAAGAGUAAACGUGAAAAAUUGGAUACUGUUCAUGAAAUAUAAUUGCUAAUUAAGAUAAUUAAAUUGAAUAAAUCCAAAGAUUAUUUUAUAUAGACUGAUUAUUUUUAUGUAAAACAAAUUUUUGUUUUUAUUUUUAUUACAUU